UGCUGUCACCAAUGCCAACCCUGUAUUUGCACGGCCUUACCCUCCUUUUGGCAGCUGUCAAAAAAGUUCUUUUCCGGUUUAAUUCACUAAGAAGAAGAAAUUAAACACAAACCAUGGGUCGCUACUCCAGGGAACCAGAGACAGCCGCCAAGGCUUGCAAGGCCCGUGGACCAAAUCUACGUGUGCAUUUCAAGAACACCCACGAGACUGCCCAAGCCAUCAAACGUAUGCCUUUGCGUCGUGCCCAACGUUUCUUGAAGGCUGUCAUUGAACAAAAGGAAUGUGUUCCCUUCCGCCGUUUCAAUGGUGGUGUUGGCCGUUGUGCCCAAGCCAAGCAGUGGAAGACCACUCAAGGUCGCUGGCCCAAGAAAUCCGCUGAAUUCCUUUUGCAAUUGCUCCGCAAUGCCGAAGCCAAUGCUGACUACAAAGGUCUCGAUGUUGAUCGUUUGGUUGUCGAUCACAUUCAAGUGAAUCGUGCCCAAUGCUUGCGUCGUCGUACCUAUCGUGCUCAUGGUCGCAUCAACCCCUAUAUGUCCUCACCCUGCCACGUUGAGGUUAUUCUUACCGAAAAGGAAGAAAUUGUUGCCAAGGCCGCCGAUGAUGAGCCCGCCAAAAAGAAGUUGUCCAAGAAGAAGAUGCAAAGGCAAAAGGAGAAAAUGAUGCGCUCCGAAUAAGAUGACAUCGUUUGCGCGAUGUUAGAGCGUUAAGUUUCUUUUAUGUGUAAUAAAUUUUUUUUAAAUUAGGCGUAUUGUUGGACAGUUGAGAUUUGUAAUGCAACCUACAAAGAGCUACGUUCCAAGAAAAAUAUGUAUGUUCAAAUAAAAAGAUCGCUUUUGAACGCUGUUUUUUAAGAAAUGAAA